CCCCUCUCCAAAACGGUUGUGUGUGUGUGCGCGCGCUGCUGCUCGCUCCCGCCUGCAUCUGUGUGUGUGAUUUUGGGGGGGACCUUUUUUGGAGGGCUUGCUCUCUCCAUCCCCAUGAACAUACAAAGGUCAACCCCCAUCACAAUCGCACGCUAUGGAAGACCUCGGAAUAAAACCCAGGAUUUUGAAGAGCUCUCUUCUGUAAGGCCCACCGAGUCCAGCCAGAGUUUCAGCCCCAACCUCGGCUCACCCAGCCCGCCAGAGACUCCCAACUUGCCGCAUUGCGUUUCUUGCAUCGGGAAAUACUUACUGCUGGAGCCUCUGGAAGGAGACCACAUUUUUCGAGCCGUGCAUCUGCACAGCGAGGAGGAGCUGGUUUGCAAGGUGUUUGAUAUCGGCUGCUACCAAGAGUUGCUCGCGCCCUGCUUCUGCCUGCCCCCUCACGACAACAUCAACCAAAUCACUGAAAUCAUUCUCGGGGAGACGAAAGCGUAUGUGUUCUUUGAGAGGAGCUAUGGGGACAUGCAUUCCUUUGUUCGUACCUGCAAGAAGCUGAAGGAGGAGGAAGCGGCCAAGCUGUUCUAUCAGAUAGCGUCUGCUGUGGCGCACUGUCACGACGGCGGGCUGGUGCUGCGGGAUCUCAAGCUGCGGAAAUUCAUCUUCAAGGAUGAAGAAAGGACUAGAGUAAAAUUGGAGAGCCUCGAAGACGCUUACAUUUUGCGAGGGAACGACGACUCCCUUUCCGAUAAGCAUGGAUGCCCCGCCUAUGUGAGCCCAGAGAUCUUGAACACAAACGGCAGCUACUCUGGCAAGGCGGCCGACGUGUGGAGUCUAGGAGUCAUGCUGUACACCAUGCUCGUUGGACGCUAUCCCUUUCAUGACAUUGAGCCUAGCUCUCUCUUCAGCAAGAUCCGCCGCGGGCAGUUCAGCAUUCCAGAGACUCUAUCCCCCAAGGCGAAAUGCCUUAUACGUAGCAUUCUGCGCCGGGAGCCCUCAGAAAGGCUGACUUCACAGGAAAUUCUGGACCACCCUUGGUUUUCUACAGAUUUUAAUGUGUCUAAUUCAGGAUAUGGUGCUAAGGAAGCAACGGAUCAGCUGGUGCCUGACGUCAACAUGGAAGAGGACUCGGACCCGUUCUUUAACUGAGCGGCGGGGACUAGUGUUUUGGGUGCUGCAUGGCCAGGAAGGGACAACAUGAAGGGAGUCCUUUCUGGCCGUGCAGAAUUAUAUCUGUGUCUCAGCCUGGCUUAAUAGCGAGAGAGAGAGAGAGAAAGAGAGAGAGAGAGACAACCUGGAGUUCUUUUUUUCCCUGGUUGACGAAGGAACGCCCAAUAAAUGAGCUAACACCGCAGAUGUAGCAUGUGGAUGGUUUAGAUGGGAGGAAUCGUUGCUAUUCAGUUAGAUUGACAUAGAAAAUAAAGGAGGCGGCAGCACACAGAGAGACUGUAGCUUCUCAUCUUUAUGGAGCCAAGGACACUACGCAUCCCAAGUUCCAGUGCAGCCACUAAUCCACUCCUGAUUCCGUUUCGUUCAUGUAUUUACAGUUCCCAGUAAAUAGAAACUUUUGCCUCAACUUGCAUCUUGGCAUCGCACUGUUAGAUAUUUAACUUCAGCCAUUAUUCAGGGAAGGUACAAUUAGCUAUUAUUUUAUUCUUUGUUUUCCUGGAUUAUUCUCUUCCCCCCCCCCCAAUCUGAUGUUUAAUAGUUACAAGUGGGAUUCAUUUUCGGCGGGUGGGCCGGGGGGUAGUGCACAAAAAGGAACACACGAGAAGUGGGUGCUAAACCAUGUCUUUUGAUAGGUUGUUCUAAAGUUCACAUUUCUCCUAGAUACCUUAUUUUAUUUUGGGCCAGGAGGGAUUAACAUUUAAAACGUUCUUUUCCACAUCCCUUGAAGGGAGGAAAACUCACAAGUUGUUCAGGGUUAGUUUGAUUAUUAUUAUGAUUAUUAUUUUGGUCAAAUGGCUUUGUGGCAGGAAGCAGUUACAAUCCAGAUGUUCAGACGUAUUUGACUAUUUUAUUAGCAAAACCGACAACAACGGGGGGGGGGGAAUUGUCCAUAUUUGGGGUUGUGUUUUUUUCUUCUUAACCGGGAUUGGAAACACUGGCUUCCACUAUACUGCAUAUAAAUUUUGACCAUGUUAUUUGGGGAAGGCCACCUUUGCAUCACCUAAAGAAGAAAAAGGGGGAACCCCUAAUCCUGUAAACAAAUUUUCCUCUGACACCCCUGAACGUGAUCAGAAGAGCUCUUUAUAUUUGAAGGGGAAAAGGCCCCCCUACACUUACUUUGUGGAAAGGCAAUGACUUUGGUUUUCUUGUUUUUGUUUUCUAAACAGGAUACUGUUUUAAAUUUUCUUCUCAUUGAUCUAUUAAUAAGCUGAAUAUUACCACGACACAGAUCUGUCUCCUAAAAAGUACACAGUAAUAUGCACCUUUUUGUAUUGUCAAGACUUAUUUAUUGAUUAAACUGUCACAGUUGUGAUGAAUUAAGCCAGUACUUAAUUACGGGUUGACUUGGGGGUGACAUGUUACAUGCUGUAGUUAACACACUUCUGUUUUUGCUCUUCAGGUAUUCCUGUCCCUAAAUGAUAAUACUUUAUUUUUUACUAUUAUUUUAGCCCGCCCACCCAACGCCACCACCUUCCUUAGAGAGCUUUCAUUUUGAUUUAGACUGGCAAAUGAUUUUUAUUACUGCUUUUUAUAUUGCUGUAUGAUAUUGAGGGGGUGUUGGGGGGGGACACACACACACAAGAAAACAAACAAAACAGAAAUCUCUUGGCAUAAAUAUUUGUGUUUCCAGUACCUCAGUUGUUCUGAUGUUACUGCCUGUAUGCGUUUUUUGUGAAGUGGUCAUGUUUUUUGGAUAGGUACCCGUGGACUCUGUAGUAUGUAAAUGUUACUUGAAUUUUGUGCUUAAUUAUAGUUAUGUGGCAUGUGCGUACUUGGCAUUUGACGUAUGGAUGCUAAUCACCUGCUCUUGCAGGGAAGGUUUCGAUCCCACUCUCAAGUUGAUAAUUCCACAGUUCCUUAUCAAGAGACAGAGCUGCAGCUGACCUGCCUUGGUUCUAUUUUGGUAUCUUAAGAAUAUAAAGGAGUAAUGUUUUUACACUCUGAAGAUGGUGCUGUGUUGAGGGAGUUCUUCUUUUUUAAAAACAAACACAACGGCAAUGUUUAUUAUUUUAUAAACUUGUAGGAGGAAAGAUUGGUGAUGUGCAUGGUGGGAUUUUACUGCCUCUGGUGCUUUGUCUUGUAUUUGGUUUAAUGUUUUUUGUCCUAAUCUCUUCAAUAAACAAAAUUGUGCAUAUUUAACUAAAUUCAAUUUGUGAAGGCUUUAUUAUUAGUUGACUGCCCUGUACACACGGGUCUCAUUAUUAACCCAUGAAUAGGUAAAGGUAAAGGACCCCUGGAGGUUUGAGUCCAGUCAAAGGCGACUACGGGGUUGCCUCGGAAGCACACGUUCCCCUCAGCCGAGGAGAACGGCGCCCGCCAUUGCCGCGCGAUCGGCCGGAAGUCCCAUCUCGCUUUCAGGCCAAGGGAGCCG